UAUGACUGUUAUUUCGUACACGAGCAUUUUUUGAAUGGUAAAAGAAAAGUCAACAAAAACAGCUUCCUCUCCCUCUGUUAUCUCAGCAUGUUUUUCAUUUUCUCAUCAGCAAUCAACUCAUCAAUAUCAAUAGCGCAGAUAAAAGAUUCAGAAUCUGUUCUUCUAGUCUAGUCUAGGAGAUAAUAAUAAGUAUAUACACCCAUUUGCUCCAAAGAAUUCGAUGAAGAAAGGAGCUUUAGCCCCAACGCUUAAGCUCUCUCUUCCUCCUCCUGAUGAAGAUGCUCUUUCCAAAUUCCUGACUCAAUCAGGAACAUUCAAGGAUGGAGAUCUGCUGGUGAACAAAGAUGGACUUCGAAUAGUUUCUGAGAAUCAAGUUGAAACUUCUUCAGUUAUACAACCCGCGGAUAACCAGCUAAGCUUAGCGGACUUUGAAUCCAUUAAAGUUAUUGGAAAGGGAAAUGGUGGGGUUGUGCGUCUCGUUCAACAUAAGUGGACCGGUCAAUUUUUCGCUCUUAAGGUCAUUCAAAUGAAUAUAGAUGAGACUAUUCGUAGGCAUAUUGCAAAGGAACUGAGAAUUAAUCAGUCUUCACAAUGCCCUUAUAUUGUCGUGUGUUACCAAUCUUUUUUCGAGAAUGGCGCCAUCUCCAUAAUCCUUGAGUACAUGGAUGGUGGAUCUCUUGCAGAUUUUUUAAAACUAGUCAAAAAUGUCCCUGAACCAUAUCUCGCUGCUAUCUUCAAGCAGGUACUCAAGGGAUUGUGGUAUCUACAUAAUGAAAAACAUAUAAUUCACAGGGACUUGAAGCCUUCAAACUUGCUUAUGAAUCACAGAGGGGAUGUUAAGAUAACCGAUUUUGGCGUUAGUGCAGUACUAGCGAGCACAUCUGGAGCCGCUAAUACCUUUGUCGGCACGUACAAUUAUAUGUCUCCUGAGAGAAUUGCUGGAAGCAGCCACGGGUAUAGCAGUGACAUAUGGAGUCUGGGGUUGGUUUUGCUCGAGUGUGCAACAGGCGAUUUCCCAUAUUGCCCACCCCAACCAGAGGAAGGAUGGGCUAAUGUUUAUGAGCUUAUGGAAACUAUAGUUGAUCAACCAGAGCCUCGUGCGCCUUCUGACCAGUUCUCACCAGAGUUCUGCUCAUUCAUCUCUUCAUGUGUGCAGAAGGACCCUAAGAAAAGACUCUCUGCGAAUGAAUUAAUGAGUCACCCUUUCAUCCAUAUGUAUGACAAUCUGGGUAUAGAUCUUGCAUCUUACUUCAAAGCUGUUGGACCUCGACUAGCUUCAUUUGAGAUAUAAUCGGCAGGCAUACUUGUUUGAAGCGUGUGAAGUGUCUCUGCCAUGGCCACAUAACGUUUUUAGGCAUCCAAUUGCAACAUAUCAACACGAAGAUAUAUGAGACACAUUUUCAGUUUGCUGCAUGAAAAACAUUGAGUGACAUAUGAAUUUUUAAAAAAUAACCAUGGAUGUAGACACCCCUCAAUCCGAAUUUCACUUCUUCUCUUGUACCAUUGUAUGUUUGUUUGUUAGUAUUAAUCUAUGUCCUUAUUUCCUCCCAAAUGGUAACCAUCUGCUCUUUAUGCAAGGGCAAUUUGUUAAAAGAACAUGUAGUCUUCCUCUUGCCUGGAACUGUUCUUUGGCAGCCUUCAAGAAAUUACUUGUGAGAAACACCCAAGAUUGCAAUAACAAACACGUUAAAAUAACUUAAAAAGUGCUGCAAAUGGAUUUG